GCGCAGAUGAGUGGACUGAAGGAAACUUUCUAGCAAGUCCUCCCAGGAAGAAAGUGACUGACAAAGUUUCGCGAUCGGCCUGAUUUUUUUUUUUUUUUCACCUUUAAGACAGAAGCAAAGUUUGCACACCUUCUUUUUUUUUUUUUUCAUUUGGGAUAAACUUUUUUUUUAAUAAUUCCCUGGACAAGACUCACGAUGGUUGUGCUGUCAGUGACGUUCCUGCUCGUAGGAUUUAUUGCGACUUCAGCUGCCAAGGCUGGUGAAGAUGAUCGAGAUGAUCAGCUGACUCGCAGGCUGAAGGAGUACGGCCUGGUCACGCCCUUCAGCACCGACUCCCGCGGACGCUACCUGUCGCACCUGCUGUCGGCGGCGCACAAGCAGCGGGUCAGGCGGGAGGCGCCCACGCCCACGCCCACGGACCAGCAGCUUUUCUUCAACAUCACCGCCUUCGGGAAGGAAUUCCACCUGCGCCUGCGCCCCAACAGCCACCUGGUGGCGCCGGGCGCCACGGUGGAGUGGCACGACGAGCCGGGUUGGAGGAACGGGAGCCGCUACGAGGCAACGGCGAACCGGACUGCCGGGAUGGAGUGGGUCCUACACCGGGAGCUGUUGAACACGGACUGCACGUUCAUCGGCGACAUCACUGACGUCCCGGGGGCCUCGGUUGCCAUUAACAACUGCGACGGACUGGCCGGAAUGAUCCGCACCGACUCGGACGAGUACUUCAUCGAACCUCUGGAGAGAGGCACCCAGGAGCUGGAGGACCGGGGCAGAGUCCACGUGGUGUACCGCCGGUCGGCGGUGCUGCAGAGCCCAUCCGACAUCUCGGUGGACUACCAGACAACAGCGCCGAGAGAGGCAGAGCUGGAUGUUCCUGGGACUCUGGAUACCCUGGCGAGGCAGAUCAAUGAGACGGUCCAGCGCCGGCGCCGAGAUGCCGGGGGCGACGACUACAACAUCGAAAUCCUGCUGGGAGUUGACGACUCGGUCGUCCGUUUCCACGGGAAGGAGCACGUGCAGAACUAUCUCCUCACGCUCAUGAAUAUUGUGAAUGAGAUCUACCACGACGAGUCCCUGGGAGUCCACAUCAACGUGGUCCUGGUGAGGAUGAUCAUGCUGGGGUAUGCCAAGUCCAUCAGCCUCAUCGAGAGAGGCAACCCGUCCCGCAGUCUGGAGAACGUGUGCCGCUGGGCGUUCAGCCAGCAGAAGGGCGACUUGGACCACGCCGAGCACCACGACCACGCCAUCUUCCUCACCCGCCAGGGCUUCGGUCCCACCGGCAUGCAAGGUUACGCCCCUGUCACGGGAAUGUGCCAUCCAGUCCGGAGCUGCACCCUCAACCACGAAGACGGCUUCUCCUCGGCAUUUGUGGUUGCACACGAGACCGGACAUGUGCUGGGCAUGGAGCAUGACGGCCAAGGUAAUCGUUGCGGGGACGAGACGGCAAUGGGAAGUGUGAUGGCUCCUCUGGUGCAGGCGGCCUUCCACCGCUACCACUGGUCCAUGUGCAGCGGCCAGGAGCUCAAGAGAUACAUCCACACCUACGACUGUCUCCUGGACGACCCCUUCAAGCACGACUGGCCGCAGAUUCCGGAGCUGCCCGGCAUCAACUACUCCAUGGACGAGCAGUGCCGCUUCGACUUCGGGGUGGGCUACAAGAUCUGCACAUCUUUCCGUACAUUCGACCCGUGCAAGCAGCUUUGGUGCAGUCACCCGGACAACCCUUACUUCUGCAAGACCAAGAAGGGCCCGCCGCUCGACGGGACGGAAUGUGCACCUGGGAAAUGGUGCUACAAAGGCCACUGCAUGUGGAAAAAUCCCCACCAGCUCAAGCAAGAUGGCGCCUGGGGCUCCUGGAACAAAUACGGCUCCUGCUCGCGCUCCUGCGGCACCGGAGUACGCAUCCGGACCCGGCAGUGCAACAACCCGGUUCCUUCCAACGGCGGGCAGGACUGCGCGGGUGUGAACUACGAGUAUCAGCUGUGCAACAGCCAGGACUGCCCCAAGCACUUUGAAGACUUCCGAGCGCAGCAGUGUCAACUCCGCAACUCCCACUUCGAGCUCCACAACGCCAAACACCACUGGCUGCCUCACGAGCAUCCAGACGCCAACAAGAGAUGCCACCUGUACUGCCAGUCGAAGGAGACGGGGGAGGUGUCCUACAUGAAGCAACUGGUGCAUGAUGGGACGCGCUGCUCCUACAAGGACGCCUACAGCGUCUGCGUCCGCGGGGAGUGUGUGAAAGUUGGCUGUGACAAGGAAAUCGGCUCCAGCAAAGCGGAGGACAAAUGCGGCGUCUGCGGCGGGGACAACUCCCACUGCCGCACCGUCAAAGGGACCUUCACCCGGACGCCUAAAAAAGCAGGGAAAACCAGAGGAGCCUUCUCUUUGCCCAAAGGAGCUCGGAAUGUGUUUUUGAAUGAAACUGACGACUUGAGGAAUGUGAUGGGCUACCUUAAGAUGUUUCUCGUUCCUCCCGGAGCGAGACAUGUGAUCAUCCAAGAACACGAGGCCUCCCCUCAAAUUCUUGCAAUCAAGAACCAAGCGACGGGCCACUACGUCCUCAACGGCAAAGGGGAGGAGGUCCGAUCGAGAAGCUUCAUUGAUUUAGGCGUGGAGUGGCACUACGUCGUCGAGGGAGACGUGGAGACUCUGCACACCGACGGACCCCUGCAUGACCCCGUGGUGGUCCUGAUUAUACCAAAGGACAACGAGACCCGCUCCACUCUAAUGUACAAGUACAUCAUCCACGAGGACUCGGUGCCCGUCAACAACAACAACGUCCUCCAGGAAGACACGUACGAGUGGGCCCUCAAGAGCUGGUCUCCGUGCUCCAAGCCGUGCGGUGGAGGCUUCCAGUACACCAAAUACGGCUGCCGGAAGAAAGGCGACACCAAGAUGGUCCACAGAGGCUACUGCGACGUGGGCAAGAAGCCCAAACCCAUACGUCGGAUGUGCAACCUGCAGGACUGCGCGCAGCCCCAGUGGAUCUCGGACGAGUGGGAACAUUGCACCAAAACCUGCGGCGGCCUGGGUUUUCAGAUCCGGACGGUCCGCUGCCUGCAGUUCCUCCACGACGGAACCAACCGCUCCAUCCACAGCAAAUACUGCAGCGGGGAGAAGCCUGAGAGCAGGAGGCUCUGCAACCGGGUGGCCUGUCCUUCUCAGUGGAGGACUGGAGCAUGGUCGGAGUGCUCCGUGACCUGCGGCGAGGGCAUGGAGAGGCGUCUCGUCACCUGCCGAGCGGGAGACCACUGCAGCGGAGACAGACCCGAGAACGUGCGAGUUUGCAGACCGGGACCGUGCCACGACGAACCUUGCAAUGGCGACAAGUCCAUCUUCUGCCAGAUGGAGGUCCUGGCCCGCUACUGCUCCAUCCCGGGCUACAACAAGCUGUGCUGCGACUCCUGCAGCAAGCGCGGCGGCGGCGGCGCUCUGUCGCUCUUCUCUGAGGCUGCCGGGACGGAGGAGGAGCACAUCCGCUUUGGCUCCGCCUCCCAGCUGCUGGAGACGCUGAUGGCCAACGCCACUCGGGCAGGUAAACAGGGCGGGGCCAAACAGGGCGGGGCCAAACAAGGCGGGGCCAAACAAGGCGGUGCCAAACAAGGCGUUGCCAAACAAGGCAUUGCCAAACAAGGCGGUGCCAAACAAGGCGUUGCCAAACAAGGCGUUGCCAAACAAGGCGUGGCCAAACAAGGCACCAGUAGGUCAGACGCGGCAUCGAGACGCGUGACCACGCCUGCCCCAUCCAAGAAAACCAAAACAACGACCGCGCCGAGGCGAAUCCCACGGGACGUCACGGCGAGCUCCGGCAGCUUCACAGAUAGCCGGUGGCCCGCCUCGUACUCCAAAGUGGAGCGAUGAGGGCGGGCGCCGUGUCCACGGGACUACACAGACAUUCUGAGUCUUCUCACGCCAACGCCAACAACGACGACGACGACGACCACCACGCCAACGAAGCAGCCGCAUACAGAAGUCAUCAGAGCGCGGGAAACAUCGAGACAAGUGCUGGUUCACUUUGUACACGCCACCUUUGGGCCGACGCCGACGCAAACGUCACUCCGACGUCUGGCGGCGGGAAAAGGACGACACGCCGGGUUUGCUGCGAAAAGCAAACUCACUCAUUUCAAGAUAAAAGGACUUUUUGUUUUUAUUUCAUCGGUCACACAAAGGCUUCAUUUAAGUCGGGAUCGAACCGUCACGCAGCGCCACUCCACACCCGCCGCCGCGCUCGUGGCGACAUUUUGGGCCGACGGACGUGAGGGAUGACGUCAACAGGUGCGGACGCUACGCCUGAUUUGGUUACGCCAUUUUGUAUGCACACACACACACACACACACACACAUACACACACACACACAUUCUUGUAUUUUUGACCUUCUUGAGAACUCCGAAAAAAUGCCUACCUCUGGUAUUAUAGCGAAAAUCAUAAUUUUACUCAACACAAGUCAAAAUGUGUGCAAUGUUAUGAUAAACGUUGGAAUUUCACUCAAUAAGAGUCGCAAUUUUACAAGAAAAGCUUGAAUUUCUGGGAAUUUUAUGUAAAAAGUUGUAAGUUUACUCGACAAAAGUCACAAUUUUAUAAGAAAACUUAAAAAUGAUGGCAAUAUUAUAAUAGUAGUCAGAAUUUUACUUGGCAAAAUGAUGACAAAUGUCAUAGUUUUAUAAGAAAACUGAAAAAUGUUGGCAAUAGUACAAUAAUAAUCUGAAUUUUACUUGGCAAAAUUACUCAG